UUUCACCAGGGAAGAGUGGGCUCUGCUGGACUCUGCUCAGAGAGCACUGUACAGAGACGUCAUGCAGGAGAACUACGAGAAUGUGACCUUGCUGGCAUUUCCAGUUUCCAAACUUGAUGUGAUCUCCCAGCUGAAACAGUGGGAAGAGACAUGGGUCCCAGACCUCCAGCGUUCACAGGAAAGAGAGAUCCUGAGAGUUCUCUACACAGCAGGUGAUGCAAUGGUGUGUGAGAAGGAGGAGCAGAAUUCUCAGCAGGAAAAUGUUGAGCAAGUGGAUAAACACAGAGCAUUAUUGCAAGGAUUGGAAAGGAAUGUGUGCAGGAGUCAUGAGCAGAGAAAAUCCUGUGAGAUUCCGAGAAGACCAGAAAGAGAGCAGGGAAAGCAGCCAGGGGAGAAAGUAGGUAAAUGUAUUUCCUGUCAGGGAACUCAGAAGAGUGUCAAGGAAACCACAACACAGCAGGAAAUCCUGAUGGGAAAGAGGAAAAAUACAUGCACUGAGUGUGGAAAAAACUUAUGUGAUUACUCCAGCCUUAUAAAGCAUCAGAAAAUCUACACACGGGAGAGGCCCUAUGAAUGCUGUGAGUGUGGGAAAAGUUUCACUAGCAGCUCAGGCCUUUCUAAACAUCAGAGAAUCCACACAGGGGAGAGGCCCUAUGAAUGCAGUGUGUGUGGGAACACCUUCAAUUGCAGAUCACACCUUAUUAGGCAUCAUAAAAUCCAUACAGGGGAGAGGCUCUAUGAAUGCAUUGAGCAUGGGAAAAGCUUCACUAGCAGUUCAGGCCUUUCUAAACAUAAGAGAAUCCACACAGGGAAGAGGCCCUAUGAAUGCAGUGAGUGUGGGAAAAUUUUCACUUACAAAUCAGGCCUUUUUCUCCAUCAGAGAAUCCACACAGGAGAGAGGCCGUAUGCAUGCAGUGAGUGUGGGAAAACCUUCAAUCGCAGCUCAAACUUUCUUACCCAUCAGAGAAUCCACACAGGGGAGAGGCCCUAUGAAUGCUGUGAGUGUAGAAAAUGCUUCACUAGCAGCUCAGGCCUUUAUCAGCAUCAGAGAAUCCACACAGGGGAGAGGCCCUAUGAAUGCAGUGAGUGCGGGAAAAGCUUCACUACCAGCUCAGGCCUUUCUAAACAUCAGAGAAUCCACACAGGGGAGAGGCCAUAUGAAUGCUGCGAGUGUAGAAAAUGCUUCACUAACAGCUCAGCCCUUUCUGAACAUCAGAGAAUCCACACAGGGGAGAGGCCCUAUGAAUGCUGUGAGUGUGGGGAAAAAUUCAAUCGCAGCUCAGUGCUUAUUAGGCAUCAGAGAAUCCACACGGGGGAGAGGCCUUAUGAAUGCUGUGAGUGUGGGAAAACGUUCAGUCGCAGUUCACACCUUAUUAGACAUCAGAGAAUCCACACAGGGGAGCGGCCUUAUGAAUGCAAUGACUGUGGGAAAAGCUUCACUAACAGCUCAGCCCUUUCUAAACAUCAGAAAAUCCACACCGGUGAGAGACCCAAUAAAUGCAGUGAGUGUGGGAAAACCUUCUGUUGGCACUUAGCCCAUGUGAGCCAUCAGAGAAUCUGCAAGAGAGAUGGACACCAUAAAAAACUCUAGGACUAUCCAUUUUUUUUCUUUAAUACUUUUCCUGAUUCACACAUACUAACUUUUGAAGCUGUUUGAACUGUUUGCUGCACCGAUGAGUGGCUCAUUUUCGCCUUUUGCCAUCUACCCUGUUUUGAGGUGGGCCUCUUUGUCCUUUCUAUCAACUCCAUUAUGCCAUGAGUAAUUCGAGUGUGCUCUUCCUAUCAGGAACCAGGGAGCAUCACAAUUAUACCAUUUCUCCUAUUUCAAAAUUAUUGUUAGUCACUAGUGAUACAGAUUGUAUCAUUGCCAGUUCUCAUGUUGCUCUGGGUUGUGCUGAAGAGGAGAUAUAAUGGGAAUUUUUCAAAUUAUAUUUAAAUGAAGAGGAGCAGGGGCAGGAAAAAAAGUGUAAUUUCAGCUUCUGUGACACUGGAAGGAGAUGGGAAGACUCAGAGAUUCCCUCCUUCCCCAUCACUGCAGAACUGUUACCUUUUCUCUGAGCAAUGCAGAGGGUUAUCUUCAUCACAUUCUAUCCAUCCACUUCUCAGAGUGUCAUGUGAAGAAGAGUUCUUAGCUGUCCGUGCUCGAAGAUGAUGGUUUCACUUCUUUAAUCCUAUACCAGAGUUGCUCUGACUGGAGAGGAAAGUGUCAAAGAUCGGGAAGGGGAAUACAAAUGGAUCCAAAACACAGUAUGAUUAUUUAGCAUUUAAAUCCCAGGUUCCAUCUAUUGGUAAAGCCACUUGGGGCAACUUGGCUGUUUCCCUCCCCCCACCCUCCCAUUAUGGGGAUGCUAGGAUACUAAAUGUUGUAAAUAACAUAACUGACUAUUGAGACAAUGCUGAAUGAAGUAUGUUUGAAUGAAUCAGAGGAGAAUGUGAUGGGAGAAUCUCUUGUCCUGAUUCUGAAUAAUCAGAUGUAACCUGCUCUGGAAUUUCACUUCACACUUUCAUUGUCAUGUUUUCUCUCUCUCUGUGAUGUGGGUUUCUAUCUUUCCUGAAGGCUGUUUGGUCAUCCAAUUGAAUAUUAGUUCAGUUUGAUAGGAUGUAGCUCAGAAUUAUUGGAGAAUUUAAGACAAACGACUAUUUGCUAAAGUCAUCAUUUCUCACUUCAGCUUUUCUUUUCCCCAUCCCUGCAUAAUGACAUGGAGAAAGUUCAAGUGCAGUUCUGUCAGUAUUCUGACAGGCUAACAAAGAAACAGCAGUGAUUUAAAAUCUCCACUCGGAAAUGGUGAACAACAGCAGAACCCCAACUAACUGAAGGAAGUGCAUAUGGUCACAGUGUAGUUCAAUUGUUUAAGUCAAUAUUGUCUCAGAUGAUCUGGGGAGAGAAUUCCAUGGUAAGUGAUUUUGAACUAGGCAAAAUACCAAGGUAUUUGGUUCCAAAGCCUUUGUAACCUAGGCCCUACAGAAGAUCUCUCUUAGCUAAUCCUAUGGUAUGGGAGAUGUAGAUGUUGAGGAAAUAGAAGUGGGGUUUUUGUUUAAUUUAUCCUUUGUAGGUGCUAAAAAUAUCUAUCAAAUCAGUUUUGGAAAUCUAAUAGCUGCAGAAAAAUAGCUAUUUUUGAAUAGAAACUCGUGCUCUGGUAACUAGUGGAGAUUGUGAUCCAGCCCUGUUUCCAGUCCCUUGCCUGGAACUGUGCCACCAAAUUAAAGAAAAGCUGGGCAUGUUUUGGGAAGCCAUUCCUCACUCACACUGCUGAUAUUUGGAGUGGUUUUGUAAAGGAUUCCACUUCAGAGAAGUAUAAACUUACCCUAACCAAGGCCAAGGAUUUGGAAAGAACUGGGGCUGAAAGAGUCCACCCCCAGUUCUUGGUUUCCACCCCAGUAAAGGAAGCUGUGGUGACCAAUGACCCAAAGAAAAUUGUUUGUACUACUCUAUUUCCUAGUUCAGUGUCACUGAUUAUAGUUCCAAAGGAUACCAGGGUUAGACUGUGAACAAUCAUCCUUCACCAUUUGGAUCCAAAGAGAGAGCUUCAUAGGACAGUCCUUCCCCAUGGAUCCCAAACUGACUGCCUGAUUGAGUAACAAGGACUUUCAGGCUGUAGAAAUGAUGGUAACCAAUGAGGCAACAAAUGUGUCAGGCUCCAAUUUCAGACUUCUGGAUCCAUGCAGGUUGAGUCCUGAUUCUAAGGUUUUGUAUCUGACGCUGUGGUUACACAAUAAAACUGAUGUUGGUGCAGCUGCAUAAUGUAGCUGCGCUGCUGUAGCACUGCUAUUAUAGACACUCUAAGGCAAUGGGAGAGAUUUCUCCCAUUGGACUUGAUUAGUCCAGCCCCUGCAAGUGGCAGUGGCUUUGUUGGCAGGAGAAACUCCCCCGCUCAUGUAUCGCUAUCUACGCAGGGGCUUAGGGCUGUGUAACUACAUUGCUCACCAGUGUGGCUUUUUCACACCCCUAAGCAAUAUAGUUAUCCCAAUAAAUAUCUUUAGUGUAGACCAGACCUUAGUUUUCUCUUGUGUUUUAUGCAUUUAUAUUACUUCUCUACCUCCUCCUACUUUGAAAAAUUAAAAAGUGUGACGAGAGGUAUUUUUCUCCAUAUUGCAAACAUUCCCACAUAGGAGACCCUUUCCACCAACACACAUGGCAGAAGAUUCUGAGAUAUAUGAACUCAUAGAAGUGGUUGGGACCUACGCUGGGACAAACCACAACUUGAGCCAAGGUUCAGUUGUUGGCAAUGGGGAUUAAAAGAAAACUAACAUAUAUGACAAGAAUUUGUGAUUUUUGAAUAUGUUAUUGGUACCAAUGAAAAUGAAAUUAUAGGUGAAGUUACUGGUUAAA